AUUAGGUAGAAUUAGACACCCAUGAGUGAAGGGGUCCUCCGUUCAGGCAGACAAUGGGGCAUUCCAAGGGGCUUUACAGAAAGUAUGAAGCAGCCAGUGAGCUGUGGAAGAGAUGCAGCAUAAGAACAGAACAGAAGCAGUAGACAGAGUGCAGAUAAAACAUGAGUCCCAGAGGACCCUGGCCAGCUGCAUCCCAGGCAAUCAGGAGCCCAGGAUUGGAGACCCCACCCCUGCUGUGACAUCACAGGUGAGUGGGGUGGAGACAAAUAAAAAAGGGGUCCCCCGCCCUGGCCCCAGACUGUUGGUGGUUGGCAGCCAGAGUGUCAAGAGCAGAGAGAGGCCAGGCGCUGGGCUACAGUUGUCUGACUCACAGAAACAGUCUCCAUUCCUCAAGCCCCUCUAAGCUGCCCCCUUCCAAGCCUUGACCUCUGCCUCCCUGUCCUGAGACCCUCUCUCCUUGGGCUGUCAUCAACCCUUCUGAGGGGCCUGAGAGCACUUUCUCAGUAUGAACUGUAUAUCAGACUUCUUCACCUACGAGACUACCAAGUCGGUGGUUGUGAAGAGCUGGACCAUUGGGAUCAUCAACCGAGCCGUUCAGCUGCUGAUCAUCUCCUACUUUGUAGGGUGGGUUUUCUUACAUGAAAAGGCCUACCAAGUACGGGACACUGCCAUCGAGUCCUCGGUAGUUACAAAGGUGAAAGGCUUUGGACGCUAUGCCAACAGAGUCAUGGAUGUAUCCGAUUAUGUGACCCCACCCCAGGGUACCUCUGUCUUUGUCAUCAUCACCAAAAUGAUUGUUACUGAAAACCAGGUGCAAGGAUUCUGCCCAGAGAAUGAGGAGAAGUACCACUGCGUGUCUGACAGCCAGUGUGGGCCUGAGCGCUUUCCGGGUGGGGGGAUCCUAACUGGCCGCUGCGUGAACUAUAGCUCUGUGCUCCGAACCUGUGAGAUCCAGGGCUGGUGCCCCACCGAGGUGGACACUGUGGAGAUGCCUGUCAUGAUGGAAGCUGAGAACUUCACUAUUUUCAUCAAAAACAGCAUCCGUUUCCCCCUCUUCAACUUUGAGAAGGGAAACCUCUUGCCCAACCUGACAGCCAGGGACAUGAAGACGUGCCGCUUCCACCCUGAAAAGGCCCCAUUUUGCCCCAUCUUGAGGGUAGGGGACGUGGUUAAGUUUGCCGGCCAGGAUUUUGCCAAGCUGGCCCGCACGGGUGGAGUUCUGGGCAUUAAGAUCGGCUGGGUGUGUGAUUUGGACAAAGCCUGGGACCAGUGCAUCCCCAAGUACUCCUUCACUCGGUUGGAUGGGGUUUCUGAGAAGAGCAGCAUCUCCCCUGGUUACAAUUUCAGGUUUGCUAAAUACUACAAAAUGGAGAAUGGCAGCGAGUACCGAACACUCCUGAAGGCUUUUGGCAUCCGCUUUGACGUGCUGGUGUACGGGAAUGCCGGCAAGUUCAACAUCAUCCCCACCAUCAUCAGCUCUGUGGCAGCCUUCACAUCUGUAGGAGUGGGGACUGUUCUCUGUGACAUCAUCCUGCUCAAUUUCCUCAAAGGGGCUGACCACUACAAAGCCAGAAAGUUUGAGGAGGUGAAUGAAACGACCCUGAAGGGGGCUGCCUCGGUCAACCCAGUAUUCCCCAGUGACCAGGCCACCGUGGAGAAGCAGUCCACAGACUCAGGAGCCUACUCCAUCGGCCACUAGGGCCUCUUUUCAGGACCCCAUGCUCAC